AUGGCUGUCCAGAUCCCGCUUGUCGAUGAUGCCACUGCUUUGGUCACGGCUUACGCUCGUGAUUUCGACGACUGGUUCAUGGCAAUGAUGCGCAGCCACUGGUUUCUUUCUGACCUCAUACAAAACCCCAUAUCCCGCGUUAUCUCGGAAUCGCUUUUCGUUACGUUUAUCGUUUUAUUUACGUACGAGACGAUAUACUGGUCUGGAAUCUACUUGGACUUGUGGGAAUACCAUGCGAAAGAUAUCUUUACGGAGGUGCCUAUCCACUGUGCCCACGUUUACGUGCGUGUCAAUAUCGCUGACAAAGAGAACCUACCUGCCGUGAGGGAGUACUACGAGUUGAGACAGAGGUCGACCUAUAAUGUGUUGAACUGGAAGAAGCUCAAUGAGUUGGGUCUUCUGAUGUUUAAGUUGCGCCAGUUUGUCAAGUACCAUUUUGAAUUCAGCCCGGAAGACUUUGAAGGAAACCCGGAACCGGAGUUUGGCUCCAAUAUCGAGCACUUGCGCCAGAAAGUGCUUACUACGUUCUUUGCUUCGCCCCUUUACAGUCGUUUUGAAUCGAAAAAACUAACAAAAGACGAUGUGUUGAUCUACAACAAUAAGUCAGCUGAGGUUGGUUCAGAAAAUGACAAAACCUACCUCAGUAAGAUCCACAUCGAAACAGGAAACGUUAUUGAUGCCAUUGUGCUCGUCUAA